CAUCGUCAUGCGCCUCUUUCAAUACAUUUCUGCCGGGUUUGCUGUUUUAGCCGCGUUGGCCGUUGCGUUGGCUGCUGUAUCUAGCUCCCAGAUCGGAGUUGUAAACGGUUUAGAUUCUCGUCAAGACAAAUGCGGUACCAACGGCGUUGUUGACGGGCAAUGCGGCGAAGCAUUCGAGCAGAAGGACUGUACUGGCAGUCUUGUGAAGCUGAUCAAGCCUGACGUACUAAAGGAAAUGCUGACUUCCUUUUCUUUGACACAGUGCUCUCAAGCUUGUAAUAAAGUCACCGACAGAAGCGUUACUAGCCUUAGAGUCUCUGGUGACGGCAACGUCGCUAGCACGGUGACUUGCUACAUGUACUCAGACGAAAACUGCAAUGCCGAGUAUAAUCGCCUGGUUGAGUAUCCUGUUGCCACCGAAAAUCAUUCAUAA